CUUAACCUCUAAUUUUUUAAACAUAGUAUUAGUAUUCUGUGCAUAGUACCAAAUUCAAAAUUUAUUCAAGCAAGAUAAUAAGAUAGCAACCAAAUAUAAAAGUUAUAUUUUUCAAAAUGGUGGAUGUAAAUACAUUAUUAGAUUUGGCCAAAGAGAGGCCAAGUGGUUUAUCUAAUGAGGAUAUUCAAUCGAUGAUACCUGAUGCUAGACUUGAAGAUAUAGCUGAAACAAUAAAUAAAUGUUUAAAAACUGGCUCUUUAGAACUUUAUCAAAACAAUAAUAAAUUAUUAUAUAAAUACAAAGAUUUAUCCAAAUCAUCUUCUACCAAAGGAUUAGACUGUGAGGAGAAGGUCGUAUUUAAAUUGAUUGAAGAGGCUGGCAACAAAGGGAUAUGGAUUCGAGAUAUAAGACACAAGUCAAAUUUGAAUAUGACCCAGUUAAACAAAGUUCUAAAAAGCUUGGAAACAAAAAAAUUUAUUAAAGUUGUCAAGUCUGUGGCUGCAAGUAAAAAGAAGGUUUAUAUGUUAUAUAAUUUGGAACCAGAUAGUUCUAUAACAGGUGGAGCUUGGUAUCAAGAUCAAGAUUUUGAAGCAGAAUUUGUGGAUGUUUUAAACCAGCAAUGUUUACGUUUCUUGACUGAAAAGGCAGAAUCAGCUAAGGCCCUUGGCCCAAUUUUAAGUCGAAAAAAAAGUUAUGCAAGAGUUGAUGAAGUGCAUGAGUUUAUUUCAGAGUUAAGAAUUAGCAAAGUGCCUCUAGCUGUAGGAGAUAUUGAAAGUAUUUUAUAUACAAUUGUUUUGGAUAAUAAAGCUGAAAGGAUAUAUUCGGAUGAUGGUUACUUAUAUAGAGCAACUAAUGGCCUUAUACCCUCAACUGGAAUAAUUAAAGUACCAUGUGGCAUAUGUCCAAUCCAGGAAAGAUGUACUGAGGACGGAAAAGUCAAUCCUAGAGUUUGUGUAUAUUUAACAGAAUGGUUGGAUUAUUGAUUUCAAGAAAUCUCCAAUUGUGGUUGUGAAAUUUUUAACCUCCUGAUCAAUAGUUGACAUUGAGAAGCCAAUAUAAAAUUAAUAUUUCUUAGAAAUUUUCGAAAAUAAUAAAAUGACAAUUGUGUUCAAAACAGGAGUUUAUUACUAGUCUAAAUUGGAUGAUUUAUUAUUAUUAUUAUUGUAUGAAAAUAUUGUCUAACAUACUAUUAGAUAUGUGAUACAGUAGCCCAUCUUUAUAGGUGUAAUUAAACAUGUAUAUUUUACAUUUAAAAAUGAAUAUAUCAUAUUGAAUUGUGA